AUGGCUGGAUUUAGCUGGUAUCUUUCUGAAGGCUUCCAAGUAAUAAUUGAGAAGUCAAAAGAAGCAAAAUGUUCACUAAAAGAUGUACAGCUGCGUUUUUUGUGCCCUGAUGAUUUAGAAGAGGUUAGAUCUCUUUGUAGAGAUUGGUUUCCUAUAGAGUAUCCACAGUCAUGGUACGAGGAUAUUACAUCUUCUGAAAGAUUCUUUGCACUGGCUGCUGUGUAUAAGAGCCAAAUUAUAGGUCUAAUAGUCGCUGAGAUUAAACCAUAUCUUAAACUCAAUGCUGAAGAUAGAGGCAUACUUUCUAGAUGGUUUGCCUCAAAAGACACACUAGUUGCAUAUAUAUUAUCUCUAGGUGUAGUUCGUUCCUACCGUCGCUCAGGGGUAGCAACAUUAUUACUAGAUGUUUUGAUCAACCACCUAGCUGGUCCAGUCCCACAGCCCCCUCAUGAACACAGAGUCAAAGCUAUAUUCUUACAUGUUUUGACAACAAACAAUGAGGCUAUCUUGUUUUAUGAAAAAAGAAGAUUCAGACUCCACUCGUUCCUACCAUAUUACUAUUCAAUAAAAGGCCGCUGUAAAGAUGGUUUCACAUACGUGUACUACGUGAACGGUGGUCACGCGCCGUGGGGACUAUACGACUACGUCAAAUACGUGGCGCGAGCAGCCUGGAGAGGAGGCGGGCUGUACCCAUGGCUGUGGGGGAAACUUCGCACCGCACUCACGAUCGCAUGGCAUAGAGGCCGAAGGACCAAAAGAAUAUAUGCGAGGGCUAGCCCUAAAACUGUAAGGGCUGGGACACCUCACAUUGACGAUGAGCUGAAGCGGGGGUUGGAGUUG